AUGUCUGCCUCAGCAUACACUUCCAGGGCGUCCUCGCCUGCCCCCUACUCUCCUCUCACUUCCUGUCCCGGUACACCAGCCACCGAGGCCUCAUCACUCUUUGAUCUUCCAGACCUUGCUCAAUACAUUCUCGUCACUGGUGGUCUGGGUUUCAUCGGUAGCCACACUGCCGCCGAGCUUCUCAAGUCUGGGUACAACGUCCUCAUCGUCGACAACUGCAGCAAUUCUCACAGCGACGUCUUCGGCCGUAUCAACCAGAUUGCCGACAACCACUAUGCAUCUCGACCCUCGGCAAGGCCGGAGGCCAAGCUCUUCAACGUCAACUACCAGGACAUGCCCAGCAUGCAGAGCCUCCUGGACCAGUACUCGUCCUGGACUCUGAGAGGGGAUCGUGAAAGCCAGAUCGUCGGCGUCAUCCACUUCGCUGCCUUCAAAGCUGUUGAAGAGAGCAUCCGCUCGCCCCUCAAGUACUAUCGCAACAACAUCACCGGCCUAGUCGACUUCCUUGGUUUGCUGGAGGAGUACAACAUCAAGAAGUUCAUCUUCUCAUCAUCAGCCACCGUCUACGGCACCAUCGCCGACCGCGGCCUGCCCCUCCAGGAAGAGAACUGCGUGCACAGUCCUACCUCCUACAACAGCCUCGAGGGCUCGUCAGUAGCCGCCGAGCAGGGCUGCACUGGCUUGACCAACCCCUACGGCCGCACAAAGUUCUUCGGUGAGGCUAUCCUCGCUGACGUCGCUGCCUCUGACCCGGCCUGGACCAUCAUCGCUCUUCGGUACUUCAACCCUAUCGGGUGCGACGAGUCUGGUCUGCUCGGCGAAGACCCCAAGGGUGUCCCAUCAAACCUCCUACCUGUUGUCACCAGAGUCAUGACCGGCCAAUAUGCCGAGCUUAAGGUCUUCGGCGAUGACUGGAACACUGCAGAUGGCACUGCCGUCCGCGACUUCAUCCACGUCACGGACCUAGCUCGGGGACACAUCGCGGCCCUUACCUCAGCACAGCAGGAGUCGCUCAAGCAGAACUUCCGCACAUUCAACCUCGGCACUGGCUGCGGAUACUCUGUCGAGCAGGUGGCAUCGACCAUGGAGAAAGUCUCAGGCCGUGCUGUGCCGCGGCGCAGAGUGGAACGCCGAGCAGGCGACGUCGGCUCCUGCGUUGCUGUGGCAGGCCGUGCCUACACCGAGCUAGGCUGGAAGACCGAGAAGACGCUCGAUGACGCCUGUCGCGACAUCUGCCGCUUCCUCAAGGUUAACGAAUCAUGA